CUGCCGGCACAAACCUCGCCGGCAGCGAGAGUGAAACUGGACUAUCUUGCAAAAACACUUUGAGCAAACAGCGCUCAGUGGAAAGCAUCUGAUAAGAGCAGCUGCACUGCUGGUGGCUCAGGCAAGAGGACUCCGGUGCCCCAUUAGGACUGCAGCUCCCUCGGGGCCGUGCCGCCUCCGCUCUCCGGGGACGCACCAUGUCCACCACCAUCUGCCAGGUGAUGGGGUUCCUUGUGUCAUCGUUGGGCGUCGGGGGGAGCAUCAUGGCCACGGCCAUGGACACGUGGAGCACGCAGGACCUGUAUGACAACCCGGUCACGGCCGUGUUCCAGUACCAGGGGCUGUGGAGGAGCUGCGUGCGGCAGAGCUCCGGCUUCACGGAGUGUCGGCCGUAUUUCACCAUCCUCGGGCUGCCAGCGAUGUUCCAGGCUGUGAGGGCCCUCAUGAUCGUGGGGAUCGUCCUGGGACUCCUCGGCCUCUUUGUGUGCAUUUUUGCUCUGAAAUGCAUCCGGAUUGGGAGCAUGGAGGACACUGCCAAAGCCAACAUGACCCUGACCUCCGGCAUCAUGUUCAUCAUUGCUGGCCUGUGUGCCAUCACUGGAGUGUCUGUGUUUGCCAACAUGCUGGUCACAAACUUCUGGAUGUCCACCACCAACAUGUACCAAGGAAUGCAGAAUGUCCAGAACAGGUACACCUUUGGCUCAGCCCUCUUUGUUGGAUGGGUGGCAGGGGGCCUGGCCCUCGUGGGAGGCAUCAUGAUGUGCCUUGCUUGCAAAGGGCUCAUCCCAGAAGAAUCCCGCUACAAAGCUGUGUCCUACAACGCCUCGGGCCGGAACAUCUCCUACAGGACAGGGCCCUACAAGACUGGCUCGGGGUACGAAGCUGACCCAAAAACCAGGAAGGGUGUGGGAUAUGAAGAAGCUCCUCGAAGUGAGGAUGGGAGACGUCCGUACCCUUCGAAAUACGACUACGUCUAGCAGACCUUCUGGCCUUGAGUUGUGCUAUCAGACAUUUGUAACUUCACAAGCAAAAAGUGCAGCAAACCAAGCAGUCUGUAAAUAGGAUUGUGUUUUCUAGCAGGUUUUCUCUACUCUGAGGUUGCAUCUUUGUUGUGAACAUCAUUUUUACUCGACUGCCCAUUAGUAUUAACAGCACCAGAGGUCUGUAAGCAAAGUAACGCCUUGUAGUGCUCUCAGAGUAGAAUAUUUUGCUCCUAUUUUCUCUAUAAACUGAUAUCCAGGAGCAGUGCCAUGUGCCCUUUCUUAAUUGCUCAAAUAGUUAAAAUUUCCCUUUGAUAAUCGCUGUGUAUUUGAAGUAAAUUCUGUUGUGUCCCCUUGGCUGUGCCCAAAGCCAACAGAGCCUGUGGUCAGGGCAUUUUUCUCCCUGGUGACUUCUCUACCCAGUCUCACCUUUGCCUUGCUGGCUGUACUCAAACGCUGAUCUGCUCUGAUAUUUAAUCUGAUUUGUGUUACUUAGAUGUUUGCUGGAGCCUGUGAUAGCAAAGUGUAUUUAUGUCUUCGGAUCUCUCCAGGGAAUGUGCAUAAUCCAUUGUUAUUCCUGCACUAAUAGCUCCCAACCUCUGUGCCACCGGUGUUCCCACAGAUGUCAUCUUUAAUGGAGCCAGGAGAAUUUCUCAUUUAGAAUUAAUUAGAGUCACCUUUGGAGCAGGACUCCCAGGGAGCAUUAGAUGUGUAACUCCACACCGACAUCAGGACUUCCCUGUGGUAAUUCUACCCCCAGCGAUGGGAAGAUUAACUCCACAGUGGAAUGUUGCCUCCUCCAGCCAAUCCACCAGAGGGGGAGUUUAUUUGAAGGGGGAAGAGGGAGACAUGUCAGAACUUUUGUGGGAAGAGAGAGCUGUGGGCUCUCAGCAGGUCCUCCCACCUAGCACCAGAACACAUCCUAAAAAUAUCUAGACAAUGCCUAAGAAUAAAGAAAAGGGAUAUGUUAGAGAGAAAAAAGGGUUCCAGAGCCUCUAAAAUAACAAUUUAAUGGCACUGCAGUGGGCUUGAGUACCA